UCCCGUAUGUUUUAAAAUCGAGAUCAUUCCGUGCGGGGUGUUUUUUUCGGUUUACGUUUAUAUUUGGCAAAUGAAAGGUUGAUUAAAUUGCUGGAACCGAGUCCCUUAUUGAUCCUGGACACAUCACACAGGCAGAACUAGAAACACGCUGUAGGUCCGCUAUGUCCGGUGAAGAUCUUAUUUCUGUGGAUUAUGAAGUUUUUGGCAAAGUGCAAGGAGUUUUUUUUCGGAAAUACACUCAAGCCGAGGCAAAGAAGCUUGGCCUAGUUGGAUGGGUCCGAAACACAGAAGCAGGAACUGUGGAGGGGCAGCUACAAGGUCAACGCAGCAAGGUGGAAAAAAUGCAAGACUGGCUGAAAUCUACAGGGAGCCCCAAGUCUCACAUCACAAAGGCCGAGUUCAAGAAAGAGAAAACUAUUGAGGGCCUAGAACACUCAUCUUUUAAUGUAGUCAAAUGAAAUGAUCUAUUCUCUGCUUGUAAUAUUAUUUAUGCUACUAUUUUUCAACUGAUGGUAUUUAAAGCACUAAAGAAAAAAUAUAUGCAUUGUAUGUUUGAACUCCUAAACUUCAUCAGCUCAUUAAAUGCUUUUAAUUUAAAAUGCCUUGAACAGGCUUCUCAUGGCUAGAACGGCAUUAUCCUAAUGGAAUAACUUGAUGAAUGGGAUAUUUAGCAGCUUGGUUGGUGAUAGAGGUAGGCAGCAACCCUGAUUUAAUGUUUUAAUGUUUAAAUAUCUAUUUUUUUCUGGCCUGCUUAAGUAAAGGUUGUGGUUGUUUGCAAGUAUACCAAUGGAUUGCAACAUUUUAGACAGAAUGGCAUUACCUUCUUUUUAAGUUAUUAAAAGUGUGCAGUGGGUGUCAAAUAUUUGUGCUACCCUAUCAGAGUUCUUCUUUCAGCUGGCAAAGUGUGCAUGAAAACACAAUAAAAUAAACACAUUUCAAGCCAAAAUACACUUUAACCAUUUGAGUAAAGUUGAUUUUAUUGAAGAAAUGUACAAAAUUUGCAGAAUCAUGUUUUGGGUUUUUCAGGUUUUAAUGCAUAUCUGAUAACCCUUUGCUCUAGCCUAAAACCUAACAUCCAUGUUCACACUGUCGACAGUGUGUUGGACAUUUGAUAUGCAAGUCAUGGGUAUGGUGAUAAAAACCGGUGCUUUAUGAAGUCAAAUGAAGGGAUGGGAAAAAAAGGAACAAAUACUCUGAGGAAAUAUUAAUAAAGAUGAUAUGUCUCCCCAUUCA